AUGAGAUGGGCGACGAGAGGUUACGUAAUAACUCCGGUCCGACCAGAUGACAUAACGCGACGCGGCACGUGCGGACAGGCCAAGGCAGGUGGGGCCUCUGGAUCCGAGCUCAAACUCUCUUGGGAGCUCCUGGAAACUUUCAGCGCAAAGCUCAAGUUCCCUCUCCUGACGUCACUCAACAUGGCCGUAUUCGACAGCAAAAAGUUCCAAUCCUCGGCGGCGACUAACACCUUCGCCGCCAAGUACCGAGCGCAAAUGGCCAAGAGGCCAUUCCUCCUAUUCGGUCUGCCUUUCGUGGCCGUUAUGGUUGCCGGUUCAUUCGUCUUGACGCCAGCUACAGCGAUCCGCUACGAAAAGUACGAUAGAAGGGUGCGACAGGUUACCAGGGAUGAGGAGCUGAACAUGCGUCGGUCAGCACGCAAGGUGGACAUGAAGGAGGAAUACUACCGACUUGCGGCCAAGGACAUCGACAACUGGGAGCAGAAGCGUGUCAAGCGAUUCGCCGGCGAACAUGAUGGCAUCAUUGGCGAGUAG